CGGCCAUGUUCCUCGAGCCUUGCCGUCCGAGCAGCGGCUCCGGACGCCCGGCCCCGGCUUUCUCGAAUCACUUCCGGGUGAUACUCUAAGACAACGAGCCGCGAUUGGGCGACCGUGGAAGGGGCACUUCCGGUGCCCAGGCCCUUGGGUUCUUUGGAGCAGGAAGAUGGCGCCCCGCGCGGCCCGUGUGUGGUCCAGCUGGUGGCUGCUGUUGCUGCCCUUGCUUGGCCUGGCCGGCGCCAGCGGUCCUCGCACCUUGGUACUGCUGGACAACCUCAACCUCCGGGAGACGCAUUCGCUUUUCUUCCGGAGCCUGAAGGAUCGUGGCUUUGUACUCACAUUCAAGACCGCAGAUGAUCCCAGCCUGUCCCUCAUUAAGUACGGGGAGUUUCUCUAUGACAAUCUUAUUAUCUUCUCCCCUUCGGUAGAAGAUUUUGGAGGAAAUAUCAACGUGGAGACCAUCAGUACCUUUAUCGACGGUGGAGGCAGUGUCCUGGUAGCUGCCAGCUCAGACAUCGGUGACCCUCUCCGAGAGCUGGGCAGUGAGUGUGGGAUUGAGUUUGACGAGGAGAAAACAGCUGUCAUCGACCAUCACAACUAUGACGUCUCAGACCUUGGCCAGCACACGCUCAUUGUGGCCGACACGGAGAACUUGCUGAAGGCCCCCACCAUCGUUGGGAAAUCAUCUCUGAAUCCCAUCCUCUUUCGGGGUGUGGGGAUGGUGGCCGACCCUGACAAUCCUUUGGUGCUGGACAUCCUGACGGGUUCUUCCACCUCUUACUCCUUCUUCCCAGAUAAACCCAUCACCCAGUACCCGCACGCCGUGGGGAAGAACACCCUUCUCAUCGCGGGGCUGCAGGCCCGGAACAACGCCCGGGUCAUCUUCAGCGGCUCCCUUGACUUCUUCAGCGACGCCUUCUUCAAUUCGGCGGUGCAGAAGGCCACACCUGGCUCCCAGAGGUACUCCCAGACCGGCAACUAUGAGCUGGCUGUGGCCCUCUCCCGCUGGGUGUUCAAGGAGGAGGGGGUCCUCCGGGUGGGGCCAGUGUCCCAUCAUCGGGUGGGCGAGACAGCACCACCCAACGCCUACACUGUCACUGACCUAGUGGAGUACAGUAUCGUCAUUGAGCAGCUCUCGGACGGCAAGUGGGUCCCCUUUGAUGGCGAUGACAUUCAGCUGGAGUUUGUCCGCAUCGAUCCUUUUGUGCGGACCUUCUUGAAGAGGAAAGGUGGCAAAUACAGCGUCCAGUUCAAGUUGCCUGACGUGUAUGGUGUGUUCCAGUUCAAAGUGGAUUACAACCGGCUAGGCUACACACACCUAUACUCCUCCACGCAGGUGUCCGUGCGGCCGCUGCAGCACACGCAGUACGAGCGCUUCAUCCCCUCGGCCUACCCCUACUACGCCAGCGCCUUCUCCAUGAUGCUCGGCCUCUUCAUCUUCAGCGUCGUCUUCCUGCACAUGAAGGAGAAGGAGAAGUCCGACUGAGGGGCUGGCGCCCUGCACUCCUGGGAACAGGCGGAGGGUUUCCAUAGGAUUGGUUUUCUUCCUCCUUUAUGGCGGGUUUUUUUUUGUUUUUUUUAAAAGCCACGGACAAUGGUACAGCUUUACCUCAGUGGGAGAUGGAACAUUGAAUACCAAGGGGUGGAGGGUUAGGGAAUAAUUUGUUUUUCCACCUUGAACGCUAAGUGUAUUUUUUCAUAUGUGACGUCAACUCUCAUUUCUAAAAUAAAGAGAAACAUGGCCCUCACA